UGCGGAGAAAGUUUAUCAUACAACCGUUGUAUGUGCAAAGAUUUUAUUACAAUCACUGAUUAUAGUGGGUCCCGUGUAAGAUUGCUAAGUAAUUUAUAUCAUUAGCAAAUUUUGUCGUCCAUUUGUUUGCUAUGGCUGUAAACUGGGUUUAUUCUGCAGGAUUGGAGUCUUGUCCCUCCUUUUUUUCCUUUCUUGAAUUUUAAAUGAUAUGCCGAUUUGGUUUCAUAGUAUAUAUAUAUAAUAUGGCCAUGCUCAGCUAUUUUCAAAUUCACAUAAUAAAAUUCUCUUUUUUAUGAAUGCUCCCCUUUGUCUGCAUCCUGAUUUUACAUCAAUUGUUGGUCUUACAGGUUUUCAACCAAUGGGCAAGCUCCCAUCUCUAGUACAGACAAAGCCUUUGCCUCCUCAAAUUGGAAGUAAUGGUAUUGACGUUGAACAGUUCACACCUCCAAGGAGACUAACAACAGAUGAAAUUCCACUAGUCGUGAAUGAUUUUAGAAUUGCUGCAAGGAAUGCUAUGGAAGCUGGUUUUGAUGGAGUUGAGAUUCAUGGGGCUCAUGGUUACUUAAUUGAUCAGUUCAUGAAAGAUCAGGUGAAUGACCCUACGGAUCAGUAUGGUGGAUCUCUGGAGAACCGCUGCCGUUUGGCUUUGGAAAUAGUUGAAGCUGUAGCAAAUGAGCCAAGAAUGAAAACACUCGGAGAGAAAUCUGAAUGUCCAGAGAGUCUUCUGCCCAUGAGAAAGGCCUUCAAAGGUACUUUUCUUGUUGCUGGAGGUUAUGGAAGGGAAGAUGGAAAUCAAGCUGUAGCUGAAAAUCGUGCAGAUCUCAUUGUUUAUGGUCGUAUUUUCCUAGCAAAUCCUGAUUUACCAAAGAGAUUUGAGCUUAAUGCUCCUCUCAACAAGUACAAUAGAAAAACAUUUUAUAUAGAUGAUCCUGUAAUUGGUUAUACAGAUUACCCAUUUCUUGAAUCCACUGCUUGAUUGAGUUUCUGCAGAGAAAUGCCCAA